UAUUGUUAUGUUAAUUAAGCUUGGAAGAUGCACUUGUCUGCUCAGUCAGUUCGAGACCUUGGAGUCAGGUAAAGCCAUCAACUGACCGUCAUGCGGCCACUUACCCUCGGAGAUCUACAGAGAGGUGCGACAGUCCCAAGGGACAGCGGGGCUCCCCAUGACGUCAUGCCACCCUGGAUGGACCGCGACAGGUUUGAUCGUGGCAGGAAAUUCAUCCAGCGCCAUCUUCCCGGUGUGUUCCUGUCACAGUACAUGGCCCUGUUGGUGGGCUUCAGUGUGGCAUCGUUACUUGAUGUCCUGCUCUUCACUGGGAAGUCGUCCACUGUGGAGCAGUCCAUGAGAAGGUACAUCAGCACUGCGCGCCGUCUGUUGCUGUGGCACGAUGGCGACGUGUGGGACGUCAACAGCAAAGCCCACGCCUCGGUCAUGAAAGUGAGGAACAUGCACAGCCAAGUGGCACAAGCCAUCACCAAGGACAGCAAAGGCUGCGAGUCAAGGGGCCAGCAAGGGCACAGGACAGGAGAACAAGUACACACGACGGGAAAUGGUCUCACAGAUUGUAAGCAAAACAAACAUUUCAGCUGUACAACUGGUAUAAAAGCAGACAGUGAUAAGGUGUUCAUCUCCCAGUAUGACAUGGCAUUGACUCAGUCUGGGUUUGUUGGCUUUGUCUUGCAACGUGAGAAAUUCGGAAUAUGCUGUAAUAUUGCUGAACUGGAAGAUUACAUAUUUUUCUGGAGGGGUAUUGGUUAUCUACUUGGAAUAGAGGAUAGGUUCAAUAUGUGCUCUGGAAACUAUGCUGAAACCUGCAGGAUCUUUGAUCAAAUUGAACAUGAAGUAGUCAAACCAGCAUUUCUAAAUCCGCCACAGGGUUUUGAUGUUGUUACAACUUCAUUUGUGGAAGGUAUGCAACUUCAACUAAAAGACAGACUACUGACAACAGGUACCAUGUUCAGUUUUGCACAUGAUUUACUUGAUUUUCCUUUGCCGGAGGUCAGCAUGGCUGAAUGGUGUAAGUUCAUCAUUCUGAAGUGGGUGAUUUGGCUGGUAGAGAGAGUUCCUGGUAUGGCCACAUUUCUCACCAGAAACCUUUCUGUUCUUGUGAAAAGGGAGAACCCAGAAUGAUAUGGGGCAUGGUUGGACAAGUGGGGACCACAACUUCAAUGCGUUCUUUGUGUUACAAUUGAGGAAAAGUGGCGGUUUCAGCAUUGGGGAGAUUGCUGCCAAAUCAACCAUUGUAAAACCAUGAACAAUUUUGUGUAUUUCAAUUUUAACGUUGUAUUGAAUGCUAGAAUGCUAGAUCACCAGGUCAUUGUAGUUAGUUGGUUAGAAUAAUGUAGGCGUCUCUCUAGAUUUUAGAUAUUGGAGUAUGGAUAACAUAGCUACAUGGUAUGGCUUGAACUGUUUAUUGUUUUUAGAUUAGGUAAUGUAUACGUUUGUCUGUCAUAUACUUACAAUUUACCCCCUUUUUAAGAUAUUGUCGUUUAAAAUCGCAACCGUUGUUAGUACUGCAAUGUUGGAUUGCACUUACCACUCUCUAUAUGUAUGUAGUUCACACAUGUACAUCUCUAGAGGCUGUUGAGACCUUUAAUCAGUAUGUGAACAUGACAUAUCUUUGUCGACCUUAUAAUAACUGGAAUUCCUCAAGAGACAUUUUUAGGGGUUUGUAAAUAUGCCGUACAUUCAGAUUAAACUAAUCUCUGUCGAUGUUAGAAUUUAGCUGUAAUAGAAAAUCUGACAUGAUAUUGAUGAACGGAAUAGUAUCUGAAAUAUCUUCAAUAAAAUGCAACAUGCCUCAAAAGUA